AUGAGCUACCUCGUUCGCCCCACCGUCGAACAGGCUGUGCGAGAGGUUCAGGAUAAAGCGAAGAUUAACACCAAGGGCGAAAACAAGACCACUUUUGUGAAGCUGCUCGUACAGCGUUACAAACCCGGCGAGCUGCGCGUUGACCAAGUCGUUAGAGACAUCAUCACGGCCUCAUUUGAGUCGACGCCGACUACGGCUGCCAGCUUGUAUUGGAUGCUGACCGAGCUACUCAUCCGACCCGAGUUGGUGGAAGAGCUGCGCGAAGAGGUCCUCGGCGUGCUCGAUCAGAACGGAAAGCUGCCGCAAACCCAGCUGACCGAGUUGCCCAAGCUGGACAGCUUCAUGCGCGAGUCGGCACGCAUCAACACUUUCCAUUACCUGGGUCUCAGCCGCAUCCUCCAAGAGCCGGUGCAAUUCUCCAUCGGACCCCAGCUGCCGAAGGGUACUAUUGUAUGCGUGGAUCAAGACCACAUUCACAGCUCGGCAGCGCUGUACCCGGAUCCGGACACUUUCGACGCGCUGCGUUUUUACCACCUGCGCCGCCAGCCCGGGCAGGAGACACGGCAUCAGUACACCAACAACGGGCCCGAGCUGCUCACAUGGGGAGACGGCCCGCAGGUGUGUCCCGGCCGUGUGUUUGCCGGAAACACUAUCAAGAUCCUGCUUGCCCACUUGCUACUCGACUACGACAUUCAGCUGCUAGCCGGUGCUUCUAAGCCCGAGAGGCUCUCACUUCCCAAUGGGUCGGUGCAGCCGGAUUUGAGUGUCAAGAUGAUGAUCCGCGAGCGACUAGCUUGA